GCCAGAUUCUCAAGAUUCUCUGGUAAACGCAUGUGGUAGACCAAAACACAGCUGUUGCACAAGAGAUGUAGCUAAUAAUGUAAACAACGGUAAACAUUUUAUGUUGCUACAACUCAACUGCACAAAAUGACCAAGCUGCGCUACUUGAGUGUUCUCCUUUCCCAGCGGUUGACUUUGGCAGCCCAAGAGAUUUUUAAGGACGUGGAGGAAACCAUUUCGGAGCUUCAAGAAGAAGUAAAGCUGGUGAAGCUAGAGAACGCCAAACUUAAAACGAAACUACGGGAGGCUGGUUCAAACAGCAGCAAUGCAGAAUUAACUCCUGAUAAUCAUGGAGAGCUCCAAAAUUGUGGAGAGCAGAGACCUGAGGUAGCUUUGGAGGACACUUCAAUCAUUGCAUCUUUAAAGCAGGAACUUGAUGCACAGGGUGAAAAUGAUGGAGGCUCCAUGGACAGUGAAAAGAGGGAAUGUGUUGCGAUGCAAAUUAAGAUGGAGACUGACUUCACAGAGUGCAGUCCCAACAGAGACCAAUCAGCUGGGCAAACUGACCCUAGAGUCACAGUAAGCAUUGCAGUGGGCUCAUUACCGGUAUCGGACUCGCGUGCACCAGUUUUCCCCUGUGUGGAGAGGACGUGGAGUGUUCGUGAUUCAGUUGCUAAAGAAACAGAACCUCAGGCUUCCCAGACUCAGGAGAGGAGUGAUGACAUCCUUGAAGAUGAUGGCAGACCUGAAAAUGUUCCGGAGUCCAGCAACACUGAUACUACAACACAAACAACUUGCAACUGGAAUGCCAACUGUCCUCCAGUAAAUGAUGACAAUGAAGAUGAUUAUGAUGUUUUUGAUGACCAUGAUGGUGUUGAAGAAGAUGGUGAUCGGGGAGGGGAUGACCAUGUUAUGGACCCCGUUAAGGAGAGUGAUAAUAUGGAUGUGGAAAUGCCUCACAAACCUCAGAUGCCUCAGAAAAGACUUGGCCCCCGGACAGAGCUUUCCAAAGGUGGGAACAGUUACUCUGAAAAUGGAUGUGAAGAAAUCAAUUUAGACAAAGAAACCAGCUCUGAAAAUAUCACAAUGGUUAGAACAGGGAAACCUCGAGGGAGACCAAGAAAGCAUCCUCAAACUUCCACACCUAAACCAGAGUCUCGUAAUUCACAGCGAUGGCUUAGAUCUGGAAAUGACAGAACGGAGGUCAGAGGGGGGCUACAGAAGAGACAUAAGACGGAUCAGACAUCGACAAAUAACUCAGUUGAGGUUAAUGAAGAAAGUAGAAUUGGGAGACCUACUCGAAGGUCUAGAAGGAACUUGGAAGACGACGAAAAUAUUGUAGUGCCAGUGUUAAACACAGUGGUCACAACAAAAAAUCCAAGGGGUAGACCAAGAAAGAAUCCUCAAACUACGAUCGUCAAAUCAGCUGAGAUGGAUCAAAAGGAUAGUGUUUCAGAAAAGUCACCCAUCUCUGAAGGUAUCAAAGACAUGUCAAGACCACAUAGAAGAAGUGGCAGACUGAGGGACCGUUCUGAAAUUCGUUCUGAAGAUGAAGAGAGCAUUUCCGUUCAAGAGGCAAACUCAAAAGUCAGUACAGUAAGACCAAGGGGCAGACCCAGGAAGAAUCCUCAAAGUACUAUAGUCAAACCAUCAAAGGUAGGCUUGGAUCACGAUGAGAGUGUUUCAGAAGAGCCACCUGUCUCUGAAGAUAACAAAGAUGCCUCCACAAUCCAAUCAAUUCAGAUGGACCAUCAGGAUGCUUAUUCAAAUGAUGAAGCCAGUACUCAUGACAGAGACUCAUCGGUAUUGGGUAGGUCAGGGAGGGUACCAGAGGGAAGGUCUACAGGGAAACUUAAAAUAUCUAAAACAAAAGCAAGUGAUGUGAACUUGGAAGGUGAAGAAAACUGUUUAGGUCGAGAAUCAAACCCAAGGGAUGGAGCAGAAAGACCAAGGGGCACACCCAAGAAGGAUCCCCAGACUACUUCAGACAAACCAGUUGAGGUGGACUUGGAUCAAGAGGAUAGCGUUUCAGAAGAGCUGCCUAUCAGUGAAGGUGACAAAGACUUGUCAAGACCAAAUAGAAGAAGUGGGAGACUGAGGAAGUGUACUAACAAUUCUCCAACCCAGCCAGAUGAGAUGGAUCAUCAGAAUGACUCUUCAAGUGAUGAAGCCAGUUCUGGAGAUGAUGGAGAUUUGUCACUUUUAGGGAGGUCAAAUAGGACGCCAAUGAAACGUCCUCGAUCUUCGUCCUCAGAAUACGAGGUUGAUAUGGAACAGGAUGGUGAUUCUUCAGAUUCCAGCUGUGAAGAAGCCCUGAGCGAUUCAACCAGAAAGGAGAGACCCAGAAAGCACCAUCGGAUCUCAAACAUUACAGCCGUAGAGGAAGGCUUAGAUCAUGUCUCUGUCCUUAAUAAGGAAAUGGGACUUGUCAAGAGGCAAUACUGCUUGUAUUGUACAAAACCUGUCAGCAAGUUAUCAAGGCAUUUAGCAAUGCGCCACUACAAUGAAAGGGAUGUGAUCAAGGCUCUAACUCUCCCCAAACAUUCAAAAGAAAGGAAAACUGAAAUGGCACUCUUGCGUAACCGUGGUAACAGUGCACACAACCAUCAAGUUCUGAAAGAAGGAAAAGGACUCCUAAUUCCAUGCCGAGUCUUUAAGUCACAGGAUCCUAAAGAUGUUUUAACCUGCCCAGGUUGCUCUGGCAUGUUUUCCAAGGAGUACAUGAGUAGGCACAUUAGAUGCUGUACAUUCAUCACAACAGAGGAUGAUUCUGAUCUAAAUGCAGCAGGGGAUCAGUCCUCACGUACUGUCACCAGACAAGCUCCAGACUUCGCAGAGGUUCUUUCUGGGAUGUAUCAGGAUGAUGUUGCAGAGGCAGUUAGAGGGGACAAGAAUAUUCUUAAACUUGGACAGCUCAUGUGUGAUAGAAAAAAUGCAAAUGAAUACAUCUGGCAGAGACUUCGUGAGUUAGGCAGGGUACUUUUGAACGGUCGAAAAAUCACACCAUUGUAUCAAAUAGAGGAUUAUAUCCGACUGGAAAACUGGGAUCACUUGGCUGCUGUUGUGAAGGAUGUUGCGUUGUACAGUGAGACCACGUGUACUUUUGCCAUUCCCAAGUAUGCUGUGAAUAUCAGGCGCAGCUUGGACACAAUUGCAGGGAUUCUCAAGUGUGAAGCAGAAGCCAAUGGAGAUAGAGAAAUGGUAGUAAUUGCCCAAACUUUCCAGGAGAAUUUGAAGAUGAGGUGGCACCAGAAAUUCAUGGCACCAGAGAAGCCAAACGGCAACAGUCCAUUGUUGGUACUUGCUGAACAGACCAGCCAUGGUAGGAACGAUCAACAAAAUGCAAGUGAGAACAACAUCAAUGCUGCACAGUCAAAGACUGAGCAUGAAAUGCUGGUAAAGAAUGACAGCGCUGUCCCAGUCUUGCCAGCCAGUCAUGAGGAUGAGGCACAGAAUAUACUAGAAUCAACAAUUGAGCAGACCAGCCAUGGUAGGGAUCAAGAGACUGGAAGAGAAGAUGACAUCAAUGCUGCACAGUCGGAGACAGAGCAUAAAACGGUGAAACAGAAUGUCCACAGCGUUGUCCCAGUCUCUCCAACCAGUCAAGAGGAUGAGGUACAGAAUACACUGGAAUCAACAACAGAGGAGCCGUUGGAGAGAAGUGAUGAUCGUCAAAGAGAUGGGGAUGCUGACGACGAUGAUGAUUAUGAUGAUGAUGAUAAGGAGGAUAAUGACAACAACGAUGAUGGUGAUGAAGACUAUGAUGUAGCCGAAGAUGACAGCAGUCAUGAUGAUGAUGGUGAUGAUGAUGAUGGAGAUGAAGAUUGUGGUGAUAGUAAUGUUACAGCAGUCGGAUUGGAGAACAAAAGUAAUACUGCCGAGGAUGGAGACCUGAAUGAACCCUGUGACAGUGCCCAAAAUGACACUCCAACCAAACCACUCAAGCAGUUACAACCAUGUAAAAUAUCCACUGCAGGAGUUUCUAUGUCAUCUGUAAACAACCAUCGGGACCGUGUUUCAGACCAGAAAAAUGCUCCCAAGAAGUCAGGUGCGUCAAAUAAUGAUGCUAAAGUUGUUUCCAUCCUUCAAUCCACCAAACGCAUCAAAAAAAACCACUGUUUGUUCUGUAAAAGGCUUGUGUCAAAGAUUUCAAGGCAUUUAGAACAGCGGCAUUAUGAACAAGAUGAUGUGGCCAAAGCUUUCAGUUAUCCCAAAGGAAGCAAGGAAAGGAAGAUCUACCUAAAGCAGUUACUUAGAAGGGGUAAUCGUGCACACAACCUCCAAGUCCUAAAAGAAGGGAAAGGAGUUCUCAUUCCAUGUAAACGGGCAGUGGGAAAGCCUGGUGAUUUUUUGCAUUGCCCCUAUUGUCAUGGCCUGUUUGUCAAGAGGAGCAUCGGAGUACACCUUAGACAAUGUCCAUUUGCAACAAACGCAAAUCUUGCUAUCCCCAAAAAGGGAAAAAGAGGACGUGUGGCAGCAUUGUGUCUUAUGGCUGAACCCAUACCAGAAAAUGUUACUGAAGAGUUAUGGAAGGUUUUGGGGAACAUGCACCAGAAUGACGUUUCUAUGGCAGUCAGGACCGACAAAUAUGCGCUUCAGCUGGGACAGGAGCUUUUGGACAAGGGGAAAGGACGAGAAGCCAUCAAGGAGAUUUAUAUUAGGCAGAGACUCCGAGAGCUGGGAAGGCUGCUUAUGAGCGCCCGCAAGAUCACCCCAAUGUAUAAACUGGAGGACUUUAUACUGCCAUCAAAUUGGCACCAUGUGGUUGCAGUUCUCAAGGAUGUUUCGGAGUACAGUGAGGAGGUUUCCACUUUCAAAUUGUCGAUCCUGCAGCACUUUUAUCGGAACUUGCAGAAGAUUGGAAGAUUUGUGGAGUUAGACGCCGAAUCCAGACAGGACGAGCAGAUGCUGGAAUCGGCAAGAACAUUCAACUGGAAGUUUGUGGAGAAGUGGAGGAGGCAUUUCCCUACUCCUUUUGCGGCAAGAAAGAUUCAACAAGGUCAGAGUGAUACGAAUGAUACGAAUGGCAUGAAUGAUACGAAUGAUACGAAUGGUACGAGAUUGCUGUCUUUCACAGAAGACAUCAGGCAUCUGCACACAUACCUCAAAGACAAACUCACUGAGUGUGUGUCAGUACUGUGGACCUCUCCAGGGCCAGCGAUCUGGAACAGUUUGGCGAGGAUCGUUCUUGCCCAGUUGGUCAUGUUCAAUAGAAAGAAAGCGAACGAGAUUGCCGGGCUGACUCUGAAGGAUUUCAACACCAAGGAAGCCUAUGGCAUGCCAUGUGACGAGGAGGAGGAUUUAACACCGUUUGAGCGCGAGCUUUGUAAGUUCACCUGCCGGAUGGAGAUUUCAAGAGCAACUGGAGACAACAUCCAAAUCCUUGUUCCUCCAGCUUUGGCCAACAUCAUGGAAACUAUGCUCCAGAAACGAAGGUUGUGUAGAAUACGCUGUGACAAUAUUUACAUGUUUGCAUUGCCUAGUAUCAAAACACACUACUUGGGUGUUGAGUGUCUGAAAAGCUUGGCUGAGAACUGUGGGGUGAAGUGCACAGAAGCAUUAGUCUCAAAUGGACUGAGAAUGCAUGUUGCUAUGGUAACCCAACUGCUCUACUUGAAGGAUAUGCCUCAACUAACAGAGUUCAUGGGACUCAAUCUAACGGCUUACCUGAAGAAUGAUUGUCUCCAACAAGAUACCCUGGAACUGGCAAAGCUUUCCAAGGUUUUUACGGCCUUGGAGAACGGACAUUUGAAAGUCACAGAACAGACUGUAGAUGAGGUUAUUGUCAGCCCAGAUGAAAUUGUGCAGCCGGAUUAUUGGUCUUCAUCUGAAGAACAUGAUGAAGAUGAUGAUGACUACCAUCCCUCAAAGUCAGCUAAAGCACAGUCUGCAAAUACAAGACGGAGGAGUGUAACGAAACACAAUCGGAGUGCAGCAGAAGGGCAGGCCGUGGAGAGGCGCGUUCUUCCAGCAAUUGCAAGACGGAGGAGUGUAACGAAACACAAGUGGAGUGAAGCAGAGGUUCAGGCUGUGGAGAGGCACAUGGCCAAGUUCAUCAGCUCGGGCACAACCCCGGGGAAGAAGGCCUGCACCGCCUGCAUCAUGGCCGAGCCGGUGGCCUUGAAGGACAGGCAGUGGGCAGCCAUCAAAUAUUACAUCAGAAACCGUAUCACCACUCUACGCAGGCUAAAGAGCAAACCACCACAGUAAGGGCUCUGAGUGAGGACUAACCUGAGGACUACUACACACCAAUCAAAUGAUUUGAUGACCAUAAUGACUAUUGGCAGAGCUGAGACCUUUCACAGUUUUACCCAUUUUGUUUCCUUUCUUGCAGGGCCUUUUUCUUUUCCAAAUAAGGUGACAAGCAAAUGCCUUUCUUGUAAAUAGUAUGUCAGCUAUAUAGGACUGCAGUUAAGGUUUCCUAUACCACAAUUUACCAUGAUAAAACAUGGUUUUAAACAUGUGUAAAUGUAUCCCUUUUAAUUUUUCAUUUUAUUUUUUUUACAUUCAAGAGACAUCUGUGAAAAAAGUUGUUGAUUUAAAACAAAUUUGUUUAAAUACAUUCCAUUCAACAGA